CACAAACCGAAUUUGAACGGCCCUUAAAGGGAAAGUUCUGUCAAUCACAAAUAUGGCGUUGGCGGUGUUUGUGUUUGGUUUGUUACAGUAAAAUCGAUCUAAACGAAGCAGAUCGUUUACGAAAUGGGCAAAAGAAAACACGUCUCUAACUGGUACCCCAUUCUUUGGUGAAAUCCAUAUCUAGAAGAAAAAUGGCAAGGCAAGGUUUAAAUAAAACCAGCAAGGCAAUCUCUUCGGGAAGACUUGUUGGAUCUGCAAAGGCUCCAAUUUGUAGAAAACGGGCCCCUGGAAGAAAGAACUUGGCAUCUUCUGUAGAUUCUGGUUACUCACUCUAUUCUACAGACUCUGAAGAUCAGGUUGCUACUAUUCACAAAGGUCUUGACCGCUGUGCUGCCUUGCUGAAAGGUAUUUUGCAGACUGAAAAAGCAGAUGUGAAGCCUUCAAGUUCAAAACCUGGCAAGAUUGCUACUAAAAUGACCUCUGUGAAAGGAAAAAAUGAUAAAAGGAAAGAAAUUCACCGAUCUACGGUUUCGUGUACUUUAAAGAAGAGUACAGGGGAAAAGGGAAUUAUGCCCUUAUGUACAAGUCUUGGGAAUGAGCAAAAAGAACAUGGAAAUCUAGGCCAACAUUCUGGUAACCAACAGCUGGUAAUUCAGUGUACUGCAUCUGGUCCUGGAGCUCAGCAAGUCCACUCUGACCAUAUUCAAACACCAACAUCUUUAGUACAUCAAGUUCCGGUAUGCAGUGCUCCUAGCCAAAUCCCUUUUUCAACUGGUGCAGCAGCAACGCAAAGUCCCACUAAGUUCAACUGUCGCUUAACCACUUCUACACCUACUUUGCCUCCACAAAAUUCAUUGAGUCCAUCUCAUAUGCCAUUGACCACUUCCAGGGAUAUUCAUAAGGAAGGUGCUCAGCAAGGAGGGAUCACUUAUUUUCCUGUGCAUAUAAGUCCUGCCCCUCUUCCUACUGUAUUGCAAGUACCAUUGCAUAUAGCCUCUCAGGCAGCAGUAGCACAGGUAAUUCCACAUGCACCAUGCCCUAAUGAAGGAGGACUGCAGCAAGGAAACACUCGGGAUCAAGACCUAUUAAGGCAAAUUCAGAUGCAUUUGUCACAUCUUCAGCAUCAUCAGGUUGAAGGUUGGCAGCCAGUAGUGUCUAGUCAAGUACAGGACCCAACCCAGACGCAAGCUUCUGCUGAACUAUCAGAAUCUGAACAUAGUGAGUGGACUACGAGUGAAGAUGAAUUAGAUUCAGUAGAUCAUACUCCAGUAAGGGAUACUAGUUGUCAAACUAGUUUUGAUAAACAAAACCUUCUCAGAAUGAAAAGUGCAAGUCCGGACCAGACUAUGAAAAAAGUACAAACUGUAAAGUAUCUUUUGGGAGAACUAAAGGCACUUGUAGCAGAGAAAGGAGAUGAUCCAGAGGUGUUCAGGGUAAUAACAGAGGUGGAAGAUAAUAUAUCAUUGUUGCCUACCAUGGUUGGAAGUACAAAUGUACAGGCAGAAAUUGCAUUGGCCUUGCAGCCUUUGCGAAGUGAAAACGCCCAGCUACGUCGACGCCUGAGAAUAGUGAAUCAACAGCUGAGAGAGCGAGAGAGAGCAGAAAAAGAAUUAAAUCCAUUGGAUGUAAAUUUUGAAUUGAUUUCAGUGCAGUCUCUGAAUAUGACUCUGCAAGCACAGUUAAAAGAAUCAAACAAAAGCAUUGAACUACUUCAGAAAAAGUGUGAGGAACUACUGAAAGCAGUUGAUGAGCAGAAGGUACAGAACCAAGAGCUCUUGAACACGAUUCAAAACAAGGAAGGAGAAAUUAUGCUCAUAAGACAACAGUGUGAUUCUGAUAUAAAUAGCAUAAAAACAGAUAUAGAAGAAGCACUAUCAAAAAUGAAGAAUAUUCAGUUUCAGUUAGAAACCUCUGAGAAGGAAAACCAAGUUUUGAAGUUGAAUCUUCAACAGCGGGAUGCAGAAGUUACUCGACUACAUGAACUGACAAGGAAUGUACAGGAAAGCAUGGUCAGGCUCAUUUCAGAACUUGGUGUGGACAACAACAAACUGAAAACGGCCUCACGUCUCACCCAAACGCUCCUGGAACAAUUUGAAAGUCAGCCCAUAGAAGACCCUGCAUUGAAUCCUGUGAGAGGCAUGGUUAAAAAAUACUUUGACACAUUGAUGGUGGAGCAUCAUAGUUCUUUACAAACCGAUGAGGGCUUCUCAGACAAAUUAGACGUAGGGUCACUAGAAAAUUUUAAUCAUGGUUCUAAACCCUCCCUUUCAAAUUCAAAGGAAAAUGAUUUUGCAGUUUUAACAGCCAGAACGUCACCAAGUCGAGAGUUUACUUCCAAAUUUCUUUCAGAGUUUGAACAUAAGGGUAGCGUUUCUUUGAAUGAACGAGGGAAGGUUCAUGAGGCAGCACAUUUUCCAGUUUUUGGUACUGCAAAACUAUCCAAUGACGCAGCAACAAAAGCAUCAACCACAUUGUCUGGUCGAAAAACAAUUGAUUGUAACAGCGGUGCUUUAGAUAGGCAGCCUCAAAACGAUGGCAAGACCUCACCGAGUGCAUUUAUAAAUCUACAAAGGUCACAUAAUCCUGUAGUUUUGUCCAAUUUUGAGAAAUUCAAUACACUUGCUGAAUCACUUGGUACCAGGACUAGUGAAGAAAAAAAAAUCACAGACACAAAAGACCACCUGGUAAAAAAAUAUUUUCCGAACUCUGCUUUACAAAAAAUAAACCAAGGACCAAAGUAUAGAAGUACGCCAUCCAUUAUUAACUCUGCUUGUUCAGUCGUGGAAUUUGAUUGUGCAAAGUCUGACUGGAGUAUGGGAUCUGCAACGACGUUUAAUACUCGCGACGAGCAGGACUUUAGAAACGGACUUGCUGCGCUGGAUGCCAGUAUAGCUAAUUUACAAAGGACAAUAAAAUCAGACUUGAAAAGAUGAUAUUUAUUAACUGAUCUUCUUAAGAGCUGGAAAAUUAACGCAUUUGUGUAAGUAGUCUGUUUUAUACAUGUUUGUGUUUAAUUUUAAUAUAAUUU